AUGGCAUUACGAUCCAUGUAUAUCCCCUCAUCUCCCUUCCUUAUCAACGAAAGCCCCUUCUAUAGCACUGUCGCUCUGGUUCUGGUAUCCCUCGUCUCCUUUGCCAUUAACCGUCUCUUUUUCCAUCCCUUGUCCAGAUUGCCAGGUCCAAUUCACCUCAAACUCACAAGUAUCCCCCUAUUAUGGCGCUCAUACGAGGGCAAGGAAGCGACCCAUCUCACCUCCCUGUUCCGCCGCUUCAACACACCCAUCCUGCGCAUCGGCCCGAAUGAAGUCCUCAUCGCCGACGGCGCCGCCAUCGCGCCCAUCUACAGCUCCAACGGCGGCUUUCACAAGGCGGCCUGCUACCGCAGCUUCGACUUCGACGGGUUCCCCUCCCUGUUCUCGGCCCUGGACAGGGCCCACCGCGCACCGCGGGCGAGGAGCGUACAGCCUCUGUUCGCGACGGCGAGCCUGAGGAAGGGCGAGGAAAGGAGGGAUGCGGCCAAGAAGCAGGGCGGGAGGGUGGACGUGCUCGACGCGGCGAGGCGGGCGGGCGUCGAUACGGUUACGGCUUAUCUUUUUGGUGUCAAUUACGGGGGUAUCGGAGAGGCUGAGAGGACUGAGGAGAAGGCGGAGGGUAAGCUGAGCGCGAGCGAGUUUGUGAAUGCGUUUGUGGCGGUGGGCCGUUUCUUCUUCCUCCCGACUUGGGCUUUCGUGGCGCCGGAACAAGUGACGGCUUAUCUUUUUGAGACCGAGGACACAAAAAUCAGCUUCGAUAGCGUGCAGGUCUUUGUCGAGAGGCUGGUGGAUGAGGCAAACGUGGAGGACGAGACAUACCAGGCGCGGAUGCUGAGGGCUGGGCUGAGCAGGGAGGAGGUUGCCGCGCAACUGAAGGACCUCAUGUUCGCCGGGACAGAUUCAAGUGGGAUGAAUUUGAGCACGUUCUGCUGGCAGCUGGCGAAACACCCUGAGAUAUACGCAAAGGUCAAGACAGAAGUCCUACAGGCGAGGCAGAACGACGCUGGGUACGAUCCAUCCUCGCUCUUUUACCUCCGUGGCUGUAUUAGAGAGACUCUCCGCCUCAGUAUGGCAAAUCCGACGCGGCUCCCAAGAGUGGUUCCCGAAGGCGGGUGGGUCUUCACACCGUCAGCGGACUUCUCCUUCACCAGCAAGGGACGCGCAGGUGAUAUACAGCAGAAAAAGUUACAGAGGUCGUACUAUCUUCCGGCAGAAACGCUUGUCUCGGUGCAGACUCACACAAUGCAUCACAAUCCCGCAGUUUUCACAGAUCCCCACGAGUUCAAGCCGGAGAGAUGGCUUGAAUCACCACCAGAACAGUUGGAGAAGAUGAGCCGCGAUUUCAUGCCAUUUUCACUUGGCAGCAGAGCUUGCAUCGCCCGCAAUAUGGCCAUGAUGGAACUGAACAUGGCGUGCGCCGCGAUCCUGGAGAUUGAAGUGCUCGAUGGGGCAACAAACGUGGGGGAUGAGAUCGAGAUUCUCGAGUGGUUCAACAGCAAGGUCCGGGGCGAGCGUAUAGAAAUCAAGUACGAAUCUGUACAAGAACUACUUGACAUACGUAGGUAA